GAAUCAAAUGGGAUAGGUGGGCUGGUAUCACUUAGGCCCAUUCCUGGAUCCGACAAAUCCAAAGAAACCAGAUGAUGAUGUUAUGUAUGAAAAGUCCAAGACAAACCACUCAAAUUUCAAACAACACUGUCCUGCCAUUGCAGUGCAAAUAGUCAAAAAAGCAUCCAGCAAUUUGCGGUAUCAAAAGCAGUGCCUCACCCAAAUUCAAACAAAAUAAUCUAUCAUCAGUUGAGAAGUUGAAGUCCAAGUCGAGGAAGAAAAGAAAAGAUGUUGCUUUUGAAAGGCUUGAUCAUACUUGUACAUUUGUCUGCUGCAGCUACCUCCCUCUGCCGCAACUUCUGCAACAACAUCCCCAUCAACUACCCCUUUGGCAUCGACGACGGAUGCGGCGCCGCCCAAUUCCGCCGCAUGCUCAACUGCUCCGCCACCGGCCUCUUCUUCCUCACCCCCUCCGGCAGCUACAAGGUCCAAACCAUCGAUUACAACAAGAAAAACCUUGUGAUAUUCGACCCCUCCAUGUCCACCUGCUCCAUUCUCCAGCCUCACCACGACUUCCUCAUGACCGACAUUCAGUCCGCCACCAUCCCUCCCUCGCCCGACACUUUAUUCCUGCUCAUGAACUGCUCCAUCGACUCUCCCCUCCUCAACCACUACCGCUACCUGUGUUUCAACUUCUCCGGCCACUCGUGUGACGAGCUCUACGGAAGCUGCACCUCCUUCAAGCUCUUCCACAUGCUGUCCAACACCACGCCGCCCUGCUGCUUCACCACCUAUGACACCGUCAAAUACAUGAGCAUCAACAUACUUGACUGCACGCAUUAUACGAGCGUCUACAAUGUGGAUUCAUUGGAGGGGGUGGGACCCCUCGACUGGCUCUAUGGAAUCAAGCUAUCUUACAGCUUACCUGAACUCGGAUGCGAUCGCUGCGCCAAAUCUGGGGGAGCUUGUGGCUUUGAUGUUGAGACUCAAGGCUUCACCUGCAUUUGCUCUUCAACCACCAAUGCUACGAGAGACUGCGGGGGUUCUUUAAACGGAGGAAAGAGCUGUGCCACACCUUCACUGCUAGGAGUAUUUGUUUUGAUUUCUAGAGCUAUUUUAUCCUUGUGAGCUUUGUAAUACCAUUGCCAUCAAAUUCAAUUCUUCUGCGGCAUAUUUACUUUGUUGA